AUGGUUCAAUGGGCAAUAGAGCUCUCCGAAUUCGACCUGAAAUAUGAAGUCCGGACGGCAAUAAAAGCCCAAUACCUCACCGACUUCCUAGCAGAAUACGUCGGAGAUCAAGAGAAAAAAUCCACUACAUGGGAAUUAUAUAUAGAUGGGUCCUCCAACAAGGUUGGAAGCGGUGCAGGCAUAAUACUGGUCAGCGAAGGGAGAACGCAAAUAGAAAUCUCCCUCAAAUUCGAGUUUCCAGCUUCCAACAAUCAGGUAAAAUAUGAAGCCUUGAUUGCAGGGUUAAAGCUGGCAGAAGAAGUUAGUGCAACUAAAGUAAUGGUAUUCAGCGAUUCUCAGGUGGUGACUUUCCAAAUAAACGGAGAGUAUCAGGCCAAAUAUCCUAAUAUGAAAAGGUACUUAGACAAAACCUUGGAGCACCUUAGGCGCUUUGAGGAGACCGAGGUGAAGCAUAUAACUCGGGACCUCAACAGCAGGGUAGAUUCCCUCUCUAAGCUUGCAAGUACCAAAUCAGGAGGGAACAACAGAAGCCUAAUCCAAGAAACUCUCCUCGAACCCUUCGUGGUCAAAACGGAGGCUGUUCAAGAUGUCUUUGAAGUCGUCGGGUUAGAUCUUGGGUGGAUGAAGCCCUUAGUCGAAUACCUGAAAUUCGACAUCCUCUCCAAAGAAGAAAAAGAGGCCAAAAAGAUCCGGAGGGAAGCACAAAACUACACGCUGGUGAAAAAUAUCCUCUAUAAAAAGAGAAUAUCAACACCACUACUAAAGUGUGUCCCGACCUCCAAGACAACUGAGGUGCUAGAGGAGGUGCACAAUAGAAUCUGCGUGAACCAUCUUGGGGCAAGGUCGUUAGCCAGAAAGGUAAUCCGAGCUGGGUUCUACUGGUCGACCUUACAAAAAGAGUCCACAGAAUUUGUGAAAAAGUGCCAACCAUGCCAAAUGUAUGCAAACUUCCAUGUAGCUCAUCCCGAGGAGCUCAUUAGUAUAACUUUCUCAUGGCCUUUCGCAAAAUGGGGGUUGGACUUGCUAGGACCAUUCUCCCAAACGCCGGGACAAGUAAAGUAUCUAAUAGUGGGAGUGGAUUAUUUCACAAAGUGGAUAGAAGCAGUAGGGGUGUGCAUGGGCCGGGUGAAACCGGGUUUGAUGUGA